AUGUCUGCAACUAUCCUCAACAAAAAGGUGGGGUCGAUUGGAUUCGGCCUAAUGGGGCUCACCACCCGACCCAAACAAAUAUCCUAUGAUGACGCAGUCAAAGUCAUGAAAAGGUCCCUCGAACUUGGUGCCAACUUCUGGAACGCCGGAGAAUUCUACGGCCCCCCUGAUGCCAACUCCCUUCAGCUGCUGGAAUACUACUUUCGCAAAUAUCCCGAAGAUAGCAAAAAGGUUGUCUUGAGUGUAAAGGGAUGUUUUUCUCUCACCAGAGGACCUGAUAAUAGCCCCGAGGGCGUUAGGAAGAGUGUCGAAAACUGUUUGGAAAAGCUCCAAGGGCGAGUCCCCAUCAGUAUCUUCGAGCCAGCGCGCAUUGACCCCCAGGUCCCCAUCGAGGAGACGAUCAAGGCGCUUGCAGAAUAUGUCAAAGAGGGCAAAAUUGGCGGUAUUGGAUUAAGUGAAUGCAGCGUAGCAACUAUCCGCGGCGCGCAUGCUGUCCAUCCAAUCUCCGUAGUGGAAAUUGAAAUGUCAUUAUUCACUCCCGAUGCACUCGAGAACGGCGUUGCUACAACCUGCGCAGAGCUGGACAUUCCCAUUGUAGCUUACUCACCUCUUGGAUGGGGCUUCCUCACCGGCCAGUUCAAGUCGCUUUCUGAUAUCGACGAAAAGGAUUUCCGACGGGCCCAACCUCGUUUUCAACCAGGUGCAUUCGAAGAAAACCUGCGGAUAGCAGAGGAAGUCCAGAAAAUAUCCACCUCCAAAGGUGUCACUCCCGCGCAAACCGCUAUUGCGUGGGUCAAAGCCCAGGGACAGAAGUCUAAUAUGCCCCAGGUGGUGCCGAUUCCUGGUUGCACGACGGUGGCAAGGGUGGAGGAGAAUCUCAAAGACGUGACUCUCAGUGAGCACGAACUAGAGGAUCUCAAUGGGCUGCUGCAGCGGAACACGGUUCAAGGGGAUCGCUACGGAGGGAUGAUGGCCGGCCUUAUGAAUGGUUGA